AUGGCCGACUUUUUAAGUGGACGACUAUGGUACCAGGCCAGCAGCUUGAGUGUUCUUGGGCGGAUCACGAAAGAAGAAGACUUCAUGACUGGGUACAGCCCUUGGGCCCAAUUUGUAACUCAAGAGUCUCGAACCACUACUAAUUCCAGCAAAAGAAUACGAGCUCAAAGAGUUGCAAAUUGCAACAAGCCUAGAAUGGUGAAUGGAUCCCGCCAUCGGUAUAACCCACAUCCACAAAUGCAACAACUAAAUAGGCAAGCAAAUACUGUAGUGUUCAGGUAA